AUGAAAACCCUAAUUUAUCUUUUGGCAGCAUCUUCGGAUUCAAUCUUUCAUGAUUGGUGCAGCAGUGUUGGAAUCGAGACGCCUGCAGCUAGGCUUGUCACAACCCCUGAGUCGGUUGCUGGAAGAGGUGUUUUUGCUACCGAAGACGUGGAGGAAGGUGACACUGUCAUUCGGAUACCACAUGAUACUCUGUUGCAUGAAUACAAUGCUGCUGUGAUUCUACCCGAAGUGACGAAGAAGCACAAAAAAACGAGAAGGAGAUAUUCCCGUCGGCAGAGUAGAUUGCUUCGACCUUUCGGAAAGAAAUACGAGUUUGCAGAGCCGUCCGAUCUAUGGCAAGCUGAGUUCACACAGUAUUGUCUUUCAUCCUUGGAGUCCAACAACUUUUGGGCGCCUUGGAUUCAGCAGUGGCAACGGGAUGACCCUAUGCAGCGACUUUUUGAAAGAAACGUUUCGCCUGAUGAUGAAAACAGUAUCAUUAAAUGCAUUGCCGAAAUAAAGAAAGAUCUCCUGCCAAACGAGGAUCCACUGAAGAUUCGAGCUGCUGUGGAUAUUCGACUGAGACGGCUUGCAGAAUUGAAGGAGCUCUAUGGUCUUGCUGAUUCUGAUUCAUCCAUGUACGGGACAGUCAUUUCGCGUGCAAUCGAUCUAGGAGAUGGUACUUUAGCUGUUAUUCCAAUGUUUGAUAUGGUAAACCACUCGAUGAAUCCGAAUCUUAACCUUUCGAUCGAUUUUGAGCAUGAAAUGCUCGAUAUGAAGGCAACAAGACCAAUAAAGAAAGGAGAAGAAAUGUUUGUUUCUUACCAUGACGAAGAAAAUCAAGAUAACGAGUUCGGGAGUUUAUGGUCCGCAGUUCAAUGGGGAAUUCCAGAAGCUGCAUUACAAAUUCCAGAACCGCAGAUAGCUUCAGCACAAAUUCGAGAACCACAGACAGCUUGA